GCUCCGCCAAUUACGAGUCCGACUACGGGAACGGUGUGGACCGUCGGUCAGACAGUGACGGUGACGUGGGACACGUCGGAGCUGCCUCCUCCCCAGAAUAUCACUAACAUCAGUGGGAAGAUUCUUCUGGGUUUCCUUGAUGAUGGCGAUGACAGCGAGCAUCUCGAUGUGGACUCGCCGUUGGCUCAGGGUUUCAACAUCACGACUGGGUCCGUGCAGCUCACCGUCCCUAACGUUCCAGCCAAAGAUGACUACAUCAUCGUCUUAUUCGGUGAUUCUGGCAAUCUCAGUCCUAAGUUUACUAUC